AAUGGGUGCACUUGAUUACCUCUCCAACUUUUGCAUUAUACCCAACACAAAGACCAAACACAAAGCAAUGCAGACAGUUGAGAUCAAAGUCAAAAUGGAUUGUGAUGGCUGUGAACGAAGAGUCAGAAAUGCAGUGGCUACAAUGAAAGGAGUAAAAUCCGUGGAUAUAAACAGAAAGCAAAGCAGGGUAACAGUGAAUGGUUAUGUUGAUGCAAACAAAGUGUUGAAGAGGGUAAGAAGAACAGGGAAGAAAAGAGCUGAAUUUUGGCCUUAUGUUCCACAACAUGUGGUGUCCUAUCCUCAUGCCUCUGGAGUCUAUGAUAAAAGGGCACCUGCAGGUUAUGUGAAAAACGUUCAAACAUUUCCAGCAUCGGUUGAGACAGAGGAGAAAUUUAUGUCCCUUUUCAGUGAAGACAACGUAAAUGCAUGUUCCAUCAUGUAA